GCCCGCCCGCCCGCGUCCGACCCCGCGGCGGCGCCCCGAGAAAUGCUGCGAGAAACUUCUUAAAUGACCGCGUCCGCCUGCCCGUGGAGCGUUUCUGGGUUGGGGAGAGGAAAGGAAAGUGGAAAAAAACUGAGAACUUCCUGAUCCCUCUCGCUGUGAGACAUGUCUGAGACUCCUGCUCAGUGUAGCAUUAAGCAGGAACGAGUUUCAUAUACACCUCCCGAGAGCCCGGUGCCCAGUUACGCCUCCUCGACUCCACUUCAUGUUCCAGUGCCUCGAGCGCUCAGGAUGGAGGAAGACUCGAUCCGCCUGCCAGCGCACCUGCGCUUGCAGCCAGUUUACUGGAGCAGGGAUGACGUAGCCCAGUGGCUCAAGUGGGCUGAAAAUGAGUUUUCCUUAAGGCCAAUUGACAGCAACACAUUUGAAAUGAACGGCAAAGCGCUCCUGCUGCUGACCAAAGAGGACUUCCGCUAUCGAUCUCCUCAUUCAGGUGACGUGCUCUAUGAACUCCUUCAGCAUAUUCUGAAGCAGAGGAAACCUCGGAUCCUUUUCUCACCAUUCUUCCACCCUGGAAACUCUAUCCACACACAGCCGGAGGUCCUGCUGCAUCAGAACCAUGAAGAAGAUAACUGUGUCCAGAGGACCCCCAGGCCAUCCGUGGAGACUGUGCACCACAACCCUCCCACUAUUGAACUCUUGCACCGCCCUAGGUCACCCAUCACGACAAAUCACCGGCCUUCUCCCGACCCGGAGCAGCGGCCCCUCCGGUCCCCCCUGGACAAUAUGAUCCGCCGCCUCUCCCCGGCUGAGAGGGCGCAGGGACCGAGGCUCCACCAGGAGAACAACCACCAGGAGUCCUACCCUUUGUCAGUGUCUCCCAUGGAGAAUAAUCACUGCCCGCCAUCCUCCGAGUCCCACCCGAAGCCCUCCAGCCCCCGGCAGGAGAGCACCCGAGUGAUCCAGCUGAUGCCCAGUCCCAUCAUGCACCCUUUGAUCCUGAACCCCCGGCACUCCGUGGAUUUCAAACAGUCCAGGCUCUCUGAGGACGGGCUGCACAGGGAAGGGAAGCCCAUCAACCUCUCCCACCGGGAAGACCUGGCUUACAUGAACCACAUCAUGGUCUCAGUGUCGCCGCCGGAAGAGCACGCCAUGCCAAUUGGGAGAAUAGCAGACUGUAGACUGCUUUGGGAUUACGUCUAUCAGUUGCUUUCUGACAGCCGGUACGAAAACUUCAUCCGAUGGGAGGACAAGGAAUCCAAAAUUUUCCGGAUAGUGGAUCCCAAUGGACUGGCUCGGCUGUGGGGAAACCAUAAGAACAGAACAAACAUGACCUAUGAGAAAAUGUCCAGAGCCCUGCGCCACUACUACAAACUAAACAUUAUCAGGAAGGAGCCAGGACAAAGGCUUUUGUUCAGGUUUAUGAAAACCCCAGAUGAAAUCAUGAGUGGCCGAACAGACCGUCUGGAGCACCUUGAGUCCCAGGAGCUGGAUGAACAAAUAUACCAAGAAGACGAAUGCUGAGGGAACCCACAGGCCGCCUCUGCAGCAGGCCAGCAGCGACAGAACCUGCCCACCAGGACUGCUGGAGGCGUGAUGGAGCAGGUGGGCUGAGGGCAGCUGCAAAAAGAUCCCCAGAACAGCAGGAACACUUCUCUUGCAAACCAAGAGGGACCCCAGAGCACCUUAGACAGAGCACCCAGCAAUGGCGGGGCUGGAAUUCCAGCAGACGGCACAAGCCUGGACUUGAAUGUCACAUUUCCUUCACCUUCGGAGUCCAUCUGUAAUUCCUUACCCCGCCCUUCCUAAUCUGUUGUUAGUCCCAUGGUGUUUUUGUUUCUUUUUUUUUUUUUUAGGAACAUGCAGUUUGACUUUUCAUCAUUCAUACAGGGGAAGACAUCGGAUGUUGUUUUCCCGUGGAAAUAUAUAUCUAUUAUAUAUCUAUUUUUGCAAAUCUCACAAAGUAUGGCCAGCCCAGCUUGUCAGGAAAGUGAAUACUUGCAGAAAGGAUCAGGUUCCUCUUUUUCCUGCCAUGUGGGUCAGGUUUGUUCCUGUUGCAGUUGGGUCUUGGCUGAAAAAAGAAAAAAAAAAAAAGAUGCUUUUAAAAAUGAUCACGUUCAGGAGAACUCUCUUUUUCUCUCUCACUCUCCUUUCUUCCCUGGCUCCCUGCGUCCUGCCUUUCUGCCUGCUGUUACACUUCCCAUGCCUUUCUGCAGACUCUUGGGGACUCUUGAGAACUUCCCAAGAGCCUUGGGGAUUGUUGACACCUAAACAGAAUCAGUGACCUGGGUGCUUUGUGGCCAGCAGCACAGAAUUCAGCCCCCAUUCUGGCACUUAGCCACCCAUCUGAGGGAGGCCAGAAACCUCGCAGAUGCUGCUGUACUCUGAAAAAAGAUAAGUGCCGUUCUAGCGCGCCAUCUCUGAGACGGCUGUGAAAACCACGCAGCUAAGGCGUAAGAUAAGACGGAGGCCGUCCAAGUUAUUUGGAAGGCCCCAAGAGCUUGGGAUUAGCUUGCAAGUGCUGCAAAGUGGAAAAUACAAAAAGACCACACAGACCUGGUGGUCUAGAGACUGAGCAAAAAUAUUCUGCAGUGAGGGAGUUAUUUUUCUGAAACAAGUUAUUGAGGAUAUCGAGAAAGAAAAGCUCCUCUUGCUCCAUUCCAAGGGCCAUCUUGUGGUCAGUUACAUGCCCUCAAUGAAUUUCUUUUUUCCAAUUCUGAGUCUUUUUAAAAAUUCCCUGGUCUCCACUGAACAUUUGUGAAGGGAGGAUCCCAGCAUGCAGUCCCAGAUGCAAGCAGUGUUUGCCCAGCUUGGGCAAACAGGAAAUUCCUCAGAUCCAUUAUAUUUUCCUUCCUUCAUUGCUGUAUUUCAGAAAGGAGUCAUUUGUGGCUCUUUUCCACCUCAAAAUAAGGUUGGUAGUGUCUUGUAAAAGGAGGGCGGUGCCACCCUUCAGUACUUUUAAUGAUAACAGGUAUUUUUAGAGAACUCUUUUAGAUUCUCUUUCUUUUCCUAGCCAUCUAUAUUGAUUCUUCCCAUACAGACAGGUUUAGGCAUCCAAUAUUUGGAGUACAGACUUUUUUAAUCCACAACGUUAGGCCUGCCUUAAAAACCACCUCCUUCCUGUUCCUUUGUUUCCCCUCCCUGGUUAGGCGAGCAUCUCCAGCCCUCUGGGGCACACACGUACUCUGCCACUGGCACAUGGCAGGUGAGCAGAUCUCCAGGCUUGUGAUCCCACCAUUUCUGAGUUGAGUCAGGCACACAGAGGCUGGGGACACACAGGCAAGAGGAACCCUUCCUGGGCCUUCCUGACGAGAGCACCAGCCUGUGGGGCACGUAGAUGGACUUCGGUUCAAAGACACUGGAGUUGAGCUGGCUGGGGCUCUUCAGUCUUGUUCUGUCGUGGUCUCUUACCAGACCACAGGCGGACACAUGGGUGGACAGCCCAGUCUUUCUGUCACAUUCUUCCCCCUUCUGCCCUCUGGAAAGUCAGGGACCUUCUGUGUGGCUCAAGGCCCUCCUUGUGAAGGCUCUGGUCUCGUCUGACUGAAUGGUGAUGCAAUUCGGCUGGAUCCCAGCAUGCUGCAGAUGUCUUUCAAGAGUGUUCAGAUGAUAACAUUUCUCAACCUCUAAGACGACUGGUACUGCACCUCAAAUAGAGAGAUUCAGCCAAAAAACUGGUGUUUUGUGAAGUCACUGAGUUUAAGAGAUGGAGAGAAAGGGUGGAUUUUUUUUUUUUUAAACUAAGACCCUUUGUAUGAAUAUAAAGUCAGAGACCAGGGCAUGAUGUUACUCUUCUCUGAGAUUGGGACAUUGCAUUCUGGCCAAUUUACCCAAAUAGAAGAACUCAGUCUAUUAUUGUUCAAAGAAUCUUACACAUGAAGUAUGGAGGGAAACUGUUUGGCCCAAGGAUCUAUCUCUACAUUUUCAUGAAUGUCCAGUGAGAAUAUGUAAGACUUAGGAUAACACGUUCAGCCACUUCAAGUUGAUAUUAAUUCCAGUGUAAUCUUUAUUUCCCAUUCAGUUAUUACCUAUUCUGAUUUUCAGUUGAUUCCCUUAACUGCAAACAUCCUCCUCCAUUGUCUCUUUGAAAGAAUGACUCCCCUCAGCACCAGUGCUGGGGUACAGAUAUUUACAGACAUAAAUGUUUCAGAUUUAGUUGGUCAGACCUGGAGGAAGCACCUAUUAGACACUGUGAGAGUUUCAAAAAUAAACCAGGCAUAAUCCCUGCCCUCUGGAAGUUUAUAUUUUACCUGCAGGAUCCACCCAUCAUGGUAUUUCUCAGUCCAACUCUAAAUGCUAGAGGUGAUGAAAAUUUCACCCGGGACCAAAUUAAAAUCUUAUGUAUCAUCUGAA